AUGUUGGGUCAAGUUUCAGUUUCCUUCAUUCCAGGACUGGACUACAUAGAGCAGCUGGAAGAUCGUGUCGCUGAUUGCAGUCAAGAAAAUCAAGAACUCAAAGCACAGGUAGAGUUACUCACUCGUCAACAUCAGUCAGUUCUGUCGCAGCUGCGAAAGCUUCAAGCGGCGCUUGGUCAGAGUACCCGUCGUGGAGCACAAGCCGGCACAUGUCUUGCAGUUUUGCUACUUUCCGUGUGCUUAUUGGUAGCACCACAUCUGAACCCCUUGCAGACAAAGCAAAGGCCCGUUGACUCUGAAGAAGCUUCUCGAGCGGCCGCCCGUCAACCACAUAACCUCAGUCUGCAAGGAGGUAUCAAGGCGAGCACCUUCGCAAGGUACAGCUCGCUCACGAACCCUUAUGGAAUACGUAUCGAACGGUGGUGGACAAUGUCCUCAAAUGCCUGA